UGGCAACAUUUUCAAAUGCUUGCAUAAGAUAGUUCUUGUGAUUAUGAAUAGCUUUAUAAGAUUGAUCAAUGACCCCGAGAUGACCUGUGAAGAAUUAUCAUCAUUCUUUAGACUUGGACCCCAAAGUGGAGCUUUAACAAGAACUGAUUUUGGAAACUGGGUGUUUUCACAGUCCUGUGUUUGGUAUGGAGAGUGUGGAAUUGCAUCUGGAGAUAAGAGGUACAAUUGCAGAUAUUCUGGGCCACCAAAACCACUGCCAAAGGACGGGUAUGACCUAGUGCAGGAACUCUGUCCAGGAUUCUUCUUUGACAAUGUCAGUCUUUGUUGUGAUGUUCAGCAGCUUCAGACACUAAAAGGCAACCUGCAGCUGCCUCUACAGUUUCUGUCCAGAUGUCCAUCCUGUUUUUAUAACCUAAUGAACCUGUUUUGUGAGCUGACAUGUAGCCCUCGACAAAGUCAGUUUCUGAAUGUUACAGAAACUGAAGAUUAUGUUGAUCCUGUUACACACCAGAACAAAACAAACGUAAAAGAAUUACAGUUCUAUGUUGGAGAGAGUUUUGCCAAUGCAAUGUACAAUGCCUGCAGGGACGUGGAGGCCCCCUCAAGUAAUGACAAAGCCCUGGGACUUCUCUGUGGGAAGGACGCCGAUGCCUGCAAUGCCACCAACUGGAUCGAGUACAUGUUCAAUAAGGACAACGGCCAGGCACCCUUCACCAUCACACCCAUUUUUUCAGAUCUCCCAGCCCAUGGGAUGGAGCCCAUGAACAAUGCCACCAAGGGCUGUGACGAGUCUGUGGAUGACGUCACCGCGCCGUGCAGCUGCCAGGACUGCUCUGCGGUCUGUGGCCCCAAGCCCCAGCCACCGCCCCUUCCUGUUCCCUGGAGAAUCUUAGGCCUGGAUGCCAUGUAUGUCAUCAUGUGGAUCACCUACAUGGCAUUUUUGCUCGUGUUUUUUGGAGCAUUUUUUGCCGUGUGGUGCUAUAGAAAACGGUAUUUUGUCUCUGAGUACACCCCCAUUGACAGCAAUAUAGCUUUCCCUAUAAAUGCCGGUGACAAAGGAGAGGCACCCUGCUGCGACCCACUCGGUGCAGCAUUUGAGGGCUGUUUGAGGCGGCUCUUCACACAGUGGGGCUCCUUCUGUGUCCGAAACCCCGGCUGUGUCAUUUUCUUCUCCCUGGCCUUCAUUGCUGCCUGUUCCUCAGGCCUGGUGUUUGUCCAAGUCACGACCAAUCCAGUUGACCUCUGGUCAGCUCCCAGCAGCCAGGCACGCCUGGAAAAAGAGUACUUUGACACCCACUUUGGGCCUUUCUUCCGCACGGAGCAGCUCAUCAUCCGGGCCCCCCACACUGACAUGCACAUUUACCACCCGUACCCCUCAGGAUCCGACGUGCCCUUUGGAGCUCCGCUCAACAAACAGAUCUUGCACCAGGUUCUUGACUUACAGACAGCUAUCGAAAACAUUACUACAUCUUACAACAAUGAGACCGUGACACUUCGAGACAUCUGCUUGGCCCCUCUCUCACCGUAUAACAAGAACUGCACCAUCAUGAGUGUGUUAAAUUACUUCCAGAACAGCCACUCCGUUCUGGACCACGAAAUAGGGGAUGACUUCUUUGUGUAUGCGGAUUACCACACACACUUUCUGUACUGUGUACGGGCUCCUGCCUCCCUGAACGAUACCAGCCUGCUCCACGAUCCCUGUCUGGGUACGUUCGGUGGGCCGGUGUUCCCGUGGCUCGUCCUAGGAGGCUAUGACGAUCAAAACUACAAUAACGCCACAGCCCUUGUGAUUACCUUUCUUGUCAACAAUUACUAUAAUGAGACUGAGAAGCUCCAGAGGGCCCAGGCCUGGGAAAGAGAGUUUAUUAACUUUGUGAAAAACUACAACAAUUCGAAUCUCAGCAUUUCUUUCACUGCUGAACGAAGUAUCGAAGACGAACUAAACCGUGAAAGUGACAGUGAUGUCUUCACCAUUGUAAUCAGCUAUGCCGUCAUGUUCCUGUACAUCUCCAUAGCCUUGGGCCACAUCAAAAGCUGCAGCAGGCUUCUGGUGGAUUCUAAAAUCUCCCUGGGCAUCGCAGGUAUCCUCAUCGUGCUGAGCUCAGUGGCCUGCUCGCUGGGCAUCUUCAGCUACGCUGGGAUCCCCCUCACCCUCAUUGUGAUUGAAGUCAUCCCAUUCCUGGUGCUGGCUGUUGGGGUGGACAACAUCUUCAUUCUGGUCCAGACCUACCAGAGAGAUGAACGUCUUCAAGGGGAAACCCUGGACCAGCAGCUGGGCAGGGUCCUCGGAGAAGUGGCUCCCAGCAUGUUCCUGUCGUCCCUUUCAGAGGCAGUAGCGUUUUUCUUAGGAGCCCUGUCAGUGAUGCCCGCCGUUCACACUUUCUCUCUGUUUGCGGGGAUGGCGGUCCUCAUCGACUUCCUGCUUCAGAUUACCUGUUUCGUGAGUCUCUUGGGGUUAGACAUCAAGCGUCAAGAGAAAAACCGACUGGACAUCCUCUGCUGUAUCAGAGUUCCCGACGAUGGAGCUGGCGGCCAGACCUCAGGGAGCUUCUUGUUCCGCUUCUUCAAGAACUCCUAUUCUCCACUUCUGCUGAAGGACUGGAUGCGGCCGAUCGUGAUAGCAGUAUUUGUGGGUGUUCUGUCAUUCAGCAUUGCGGUCCUGAACAAAGUAGAAAUUGGAUUGGAUCAGUCUCUUUCAAUGCCAGAAGACUCCUACGUGAUGGAUUAUUUCAAGUCCCUCAGUCAGUACCUGCACGCAGGCCCGCCUGUCUACUUCGUGCUGGAGGAGGGGCACGACUAUACUUCCCUGAAGGGGCAGAACAUGGUGUGCGGGGGCAUGGGCUGCAACAACGACUCCCUGGUGCAGCAGAUAUUCACUGCGGCCGAGCUGGACAACUAUACCCGAAUAGGCUUUGCUCCCUCGUCCUGGAUUGACGACUACUUCGACUGGAUUAAGCCGCAGUCGUCUUGCUGUAGAGUCUACAACAGCACCGAGCAGUUCUGCAACGCUUCAGUGGUCGACCCUGCCUGUGUCCGCUGCAGGCCUCUGACUCCAGAGGGCAAACAGAGACCUCAGGGUGAAGACUUCAUGAGAUUCCUGCCCAUGUUCCUUUCUGAUAACCCGAACCCCAAAUGUGGCAAAGGGGGACAUGCUGCUUAUGGGUCGGCAGUUAACAUCCUUGGCAAUGGCACGGGUGUUGGAGCCACACACUUCAUGACCUACCACACCGUGCUCCAGACCUCCGCCGACUUUAUUGACGCCAUGAAGAAGGCCCGCCUCAUUGCUGAUAACAUCACCAACACCAUGAGCCAGGAAGGCAGUAAUUAUCGUGUGUUCCCAUACAGUGUGUUCUAUGUCUUCUACGAACAGUACCUGACCAUUAUUGACGACACGGUCUUCAACCUCUGCGUGUCCCUGGGAGCCAUCUUUUUGGUGACCGUGGUUCUCCUGGGCUGUGAACUGUGGUCUGCAGUGAUCAUGUGUGUCACCAUUGCCAUGAUCUUGGUCAACAUGUUUGGCGUCAUGUGGCUGUGGGGCAUCAGUCUGAAUGCGGUUUCCCUGGUCAACUUGGUCAUGAGCUGUGGCAUCUCCGUGGAGUUCUGCAGCCACAUAACGAGAGCGUUCACAGUGAGUGCGAAGGGGAGCCGCGUGGAGCGGGCAGAAGACGCGCUCGCCCACAUGGGCAGUUCUGUAUUCAGUGGAAUCACACUUACAAAAUUUGGAGGGAUUGUGGUGUUGGCCUUUGCCAAAUCUCAGAUUUUCCAGAUAUUUUACUUCAGGAUGUAUUUAGCUAUGGUCUUACUGGGAGCCACUCAUGGAUUGAUCUUCCUUCCUGUCUUACUCAGUUAUAUAGGACCAUCAAUAAAUAAAGCCAAAAGUCUGGCCACUCAAGAGCGAUAUAAAGGCACAGAGAGAGAACACCUCCUAAAUUUCUAACCCCCUUACAGGU